AGUGGCCUCCUUUCACAACGGCCAAGACAGCGAAGGCUGCGGCUGGCGCGGGUGCCGGCGGGCUGCGGCAGAUGCGUUCCCGUUUUAUAACUCGGGAGGGCUCUUUUCGGAAGGAGGAUUGGCGUCGGAUUGGCUGGUGCCUGGUGGAUCGGCAAAACAAGACGGCGCCUGACACACCCAUUCCAUGUCGACGUCGCCGCAGCAGUGGAUAACCGGCCGUCCACCCUUUCUCGCCGUAAACCGAUUGCUGUUCGUCGAAAGCCGGGUUCAGCACACGAUAAUCCUGCUGCUCGUCGUGAUACUGUGCGUCUUCGCGACCGUCGUCAUAUUCAAGGCACUCUCUCGUAAGAAGAGGAAGGCCGUGGACUGCCUGGACCAUUCGCACGACGACGUGGACAUGCGUGGCAAGACCGUAGUCGUCACUGGAGGCAAUGCCGGCAUCGGCUUCGAGACAGCGCUCGAACUGUCUCGACUCGGCGCCCGGGUGAUCGUGGCGUGUCGUUGUCCGAGCAAGGGCCACGCUGCCUGCGAAGCUAUCCGCCGCCUCACCGGAAACGACCUGGUCGAGUUCGCGCUGCUCGACGUCGCGUCACUGGCAUCGGUGCGUCGCUUCGCGAACAGGCUGCUGGCCUCCGAAGAGCGCCUCGACGUUCUCGUCAACAACGCCGCGAUCACAGCACCACCACAGAAACGGUUGACACAUGAAGGCAUAGAAAUUACCUUGGCCACCAAUUACCUCGGGCCCUUCCUGCUCACCAAUUUGCUGCUGGACCUUUUGACGCGCAGCGGACCGAGUCGAGUAGUGAACGUGACGUCGGCGCUCUACCGCUUUGGCCGUGUACCGUGGGAGCAGCUGGAGACAUCCGGAGGUGACGGCGUUAGCGUCGAGUACCCUGGUGUUGAAUCAACGUACGCCAGUAGCAAACUCUUGCUCAACUUGUUCAGCGUCCAUCUAGCACGCCAACUCCAAGGAACCGAGGUGACGUGCAACGCGGUCCACCCGGGCGUAGUGGCGACAACCAUCAACCAGAAAGAACCAGGCUUGCGCCAUUUCCUCUGGAACUCAUUUCUCCAUACAUUCGGAACGAGCCCUCGCAAAGGAGCACGGGGUUCGGUGUAUCUCUCGUCCUCGCCAGGCCUGCGUGACGUCACUGGAAAGUACUUCGUCUCCUGUCGACAAUCGUCCUGGUCCAGCAAGGUCCUCGACGAUGAGACGGCGCACAAAGUUUGUCGCCGGAGCGCAGAGCUCGUCCGAGCUGUCUUAGCAGACGCCCACUCUGCAAGGGCUCCUUCGUCUGCUGGGACAGCGGCGCAGGAGACAGCCAGUUUUGCAGGGCUACUCGACGAUCAUUCGACAAGGCGCGACAGUUCUUGAAUGCCACAUUUAGUAAGAUUAACAGCUAACUCGAAAAAAAUUUUAGACCACAGAAAAAAAAGUUUAAGUUAAUGUAGGUAUAGAGGAGCCUCCAUGCAAAAUUUUCCGUUUGAAAUACAAUUGGAAGCAUCACAAAAAGCUCCCAGAAAUAGCCGUUUUUGAUUUCGACGCUGAAAAAAAAUCGCUCCCAUUAGCGGCCACCGGAAGUGACGCAUGACAUACAGCACGCGGCUCUUUGGCAUGAUUGCGUGACAUGGAACACAACAUAAUCUUUCAAUGGCCUCCAGGACAUUGCAGCAUCAGCGGGAACGGCCGCGCCGACGAAGCCAUCCGACCUGCACAUGAAAGUGCAGGUCGAAAGAACCUCCGCGCAGAAGGCUUUCUUCGCGCUACCAAGAUUCCUGCCGUCUACGGGCCUUCACGAUAGACUUUAAAAAUGCCGCCCCCUACCGCUCUAUAGUGUACGCGGUUUGUUUGUGCUCGUCUCCCCCCCCCCCCCCCCCCAUUUUCUGCUCUCUUUUUUUCUCUCCUUCCCUCCGUGCAGGGUAGCCAACCGGAACUACCUCUGGUUAACCUCCCUGCCUUGCUAUGCAUCUUUUUUCUCUCCUCAGCAUGACCUCCGAGAUGAGGUGGCGCCCGCGGCUGCCUGUGGCGCGCUGAGAUCUCAGAGGCUGUGUG